AUGAAGAUGAAACUGAACAUCUGCAACAUGCAGUUGCUGCUUCUUGUUUUCUUGGUGUGGGACCCAGCCAGGUUGGUGCUGGCUAACAUCCAAGAAGAUGAGGCUAAAAAUAACAUUACCAUCUUUACAAGAAUUCUAGACAGACUUCUGGAUGGUUACGAUAAUCGGCUUAGACCAGGACUGGGAGACAGUAUUACUGAAGUCUUCACUAACAUCUAUGUGACCAGUUUUGGCCCCGUCUCAGAUACAGAUAUGGAAUAUACAAUAGAUGUUUUCUUUCGACAAAAAUGGAAAGAUGAACGGUUAAAAUUUAAAGGUCCUAUGAACAUCCUUCGACUUAACAAUUUAAUGGCCAGCAAAAUCUGGACGCCAGAUACCUUCUUCCACAACGGGAAAAAAUCAGUAGCACAUAAUAUGACAAUGCCAAACAAGCUUCUUCGAAUCCAGGAUGAUGGGACUCUGCUAUACACAAUGAGGCUUACAGUUCAAGCUGAAUGUCCAAUGCACUUGGAGGAUUUUCCAAUGGAUGCCCACUCAUGUCCUCUGAAAUUUGGCAGCUAUGCGUAUACAACCUCGGAGGUCACUUACAUUUGGACAUACAAUGCAUCUGAUUCUGUACAAGUUGCUCCUGAUGGCUCUAGGUUAAAUCAGUAUGAUCUGCUGGGCCAAUCAAUUGGGAAGGAGACAAUUAAAUCCAGUACAGGUGAAUAUACCGUAAUGACAGCUCAUUUCCACUUGAAAAGAAAAAUUGGGUAUUUUGUGAUUCAGACAUAUCUGCCUUGCAUCAUGACUGUCAUUCUCUCCCAAGUGUCAUUCUGGCUUAACAGAGAAUCUGUGCCUGCAAGAACUGUGUUUGGAGUAACAACUGUUCUAACAAUGACAACUCUAAGCAUCAGUGCUCGGAAUUCUCUCCCCAAAGUGGCUUAUGCAACUGCCAUGGACUGGUUUAUUGCUGUUUGUUAUGCAUUUGUGUUCUCUGCCCUAAUUGAAUUUGCAACUGUUAAUUACUUCACCAAAAGAGGAUGGGCUUGGGAUGGAAAGAGUGUAGUAAAUGACAAGUCCCCUUCAAUAAAAGCUGAAGGCAUUACAUUAAUAUACAACUCAGUGAAGGCAAUUCUUCAAGGAGCUAAGCUAAUAUGGUCCAAGUAUAUAGCUUUCUCAUGGCCCAGUUUAAUCCAAGGAAAGACUUUAGAGUACUUAGAGAAGUGGAUGGACUGUAUAACCUUCAAACAAUCUUCUAAAAAAGAAAAAGCCUCUGUCAUGAUACAGAACAAUGCUUAUGCAGUGGCAGUUGCCAAUUAUGCCCCGAAUCUUUCAAAAGACCCAGUUCUCUCCACCAUCUCCAAGAGUGCAACCACGCCAGAACCCAACAAGAAGCCGGAAAACAAGCCAGCCGAAGCCAAGAAAACCUUCAACAGUGUUAGCAAAAUUGACAGAAUGUCUAGAAUAGUUUUCCCAGUUUUGUUUGGUACAUUUAAUUUAGUUUACUGGGCUACAUACUUAAACAGAGAACCUGUAUUAGGGGUCAGUCCUUGA